AUAAAAGCAGGCACGGGAGGCGGGCACCUGUGCCCGCUGGCUCAGACAAAGUCUUCUCCCAGCCAAGCCAACCAGAGUUCUGACCAUGGAAGCCAGCGCAGCCACAGUUCUCCUGCUGGCUCUCUGCCUCGCCUGCCUGCUGCUGCUCCUCCGGGGAGGACGAUGGGGCACCAAGGCACGCCUGCCCCCCGGACCUCGGCCCUUGCCAUUCAUUGGCAACCUGCCUCACCUGGAUGCCAAGAACAUGAUCAAGUCCCUGCUGGAGCUCAGCAAGCAGUACGGCUCACUCUUCACCAUCCACAUGGGGUCCCGGCCGGUGGUGGUGCUGUGCGGGUACCAGACGGUGAAGGAGGCCCUGGUAGACCAAGGCGAGGAGUUCAGUGGCCGCGGAGACAUGCCGGUCUUGUUCCGAUUCACUCAGGGCAACGGCGUCGCCUUCUCCAAUGGGGAGAAGUGGAAGGUCCUCAGGCGCUUUGCCAUCCAGACCCUGCGGGACUUCGGGAUGGGCAAGCGCAGCAUUGAGGAGCGGAUCCAGGAGGAGGCUCAGUGCCUGGUGAAGGAGAUGGCCAAGAGGACAGAGCCCUUUGACCCCACCUUCCUGCUCGGCUGCUCGGUCUCCAACGUCAUCUGCUCCAUCGUCUUCGGAGAUCGGUUCGACUACGAGGACCAGCGUUUCCUGACCUUCAUAGGGCUGAUCAACGACAACUUCCGCCUCUUCAGCUCCCCUUGUGCCCAGAUGUACAACAUUUUCCCCCACAUCAUGUAUUACCUGCCUGGGCCACACAACCAGAUAUUUGCCAACUUUGAGAAGCUGCGGGCCCUGGUGAAGGAGAUGGCCAAGGCCCACCAGGCCAGCCUGGACCCCAGCUGCCCACGCGACUUUAUAGACUGCUUCCUCCUGAAGAUGCAGCAGGAGAAGGGGGACCCCCACAGCUUCUUCCACACCGACACUUUGAUCAUGACCACCCACAACCUCUUCUUCGCGGGCACCGAGACCAUCAGCACCACCCUCCGCUACGCCAUCCUCAUCCUCAUGAAGUUCCCCGAAGUUGCUGCCAAGGUGCAGGAGGAGAUCGCCAGGGUCAUUGGCUCUGAGCGCCUCCCUUCCGUGGCUGACCGGACAAGGAUGCCCUACACGGAUGCCAUGAUCCACGAGGUCCAGAGGUUUGCCGACAUCAUCCCCAUGGGCAUCCCCCACGCCCUGACCAAGGACACCCAUUUCCGGGGCUUCUUCUUUCCGGAGGGCACCAACGUCCUGCCUUUCUUCCACUCCGUGCACCAAGACCGCAGCCAGUUCAAGAACCCAGAGAGCUUCGACCCGGGACACUUCCUGGACGAGGAGGGCGCUUUCCGACGCUCCAGCGCCUUCAUGCCCUUCUCUGCUGGGAAGCGGCUGUGCCUGGGCGAGGCCUUGGCGCGCAUGGAGCUCUUCCUCUACCUGACCAGCCUCCUGCAGCGCUUCUCCUUCCAGCCCAGCUGCCCCCGCGACCAGCUCGACCUCUCGCCCAUGAUGAGCGGCAUCGGGAACGUGCCUCGGCCCUACACCUGCCGCUCGAUCGCCCGCUGAUGGGCGGGGGGGGGGCUCAGGGUCCAGCCUGCCCUCCGGAGGCUGCAAGGGGGCCGCUCCGCUCGCCGGCUCCUCUGUCCUUCGGCGGGGACGGGGCUUCCGCUUCAGCUUCUGACUCCGACCCGCCAGGCGGCA